CUUUUUCGAACCUCCACGUUCCGUUACAGUGUCUUGGUCUCCGUUUCGUUCAGGUCUCGUGUAACAGUUUUCAAGACUCUAUUGUAUUACCAGUGAUCUCCUUCACUAUGUCUUCACAAUCAAGUGCAAAAAUCUACGUUGGAAAUUUGAGUUGGAACACCACUGAUGACACGUUGCGCAAUGCUUUCAGCGGUUUUGGACCAGUGCUUGACUCUAUUGUCAUGCGUGACCGUGACACUGGCCGUUCUCGGGGUUUUGGCUUUGUCACCUACGGGACGACUGAGGAAGCAAACCAUGCUAUUGCCAACAUGAAUGAGCAGGAGCUUGAUGGCAGGAGGAUUAAAGUAAACCUCGCUAAUCCCCGUAGCUCUGGUACCGGAGGCAGCGGCGCUGCAGGAUUUGGAGGUGGUUAUAGUGGUGGUGGUGGCGGCUACUCUGGUGGCGCCGGUUACGGUCAGCAACCUGGGUAUGGAGGUCAGGGUGGUUAUGCUGGAAGUCAAGGUGGCUACGGUCAAGGUGGCUACGGUGGAGGCUACCCAGCCGCGGGGUAUGCAGGCGGUUUUGCCCCGACCGGCUACAGUGGCCAGCAAGGUUAUGGUCAACAGGGUGGAAAUGGCAAUCCAGGAGGUUACGGCCGUGGUUAUUGAUCAAGUGUUGAUCAUUUCUGCUCUUCACAUAUCUUCCUUCGGACAUCAAUAUUAUAUCAUGCGUCUCAUACUCGUUUGUCUCGUCCACAUCUACACCCUACUCACACAUAUCGAGUAUUCCUUCUCCCUCUCAUUUUUAGUCUGAACUCUACUACGAUUCAGCUUGUAUUUGUAUGUUCAGAUAUAUCCAUUCCCAUGCCCUCGUCCUCGCGAUCUUAAAGCAUCACCCAUCAUAGUACCUUUCCAGAUAUGGAAGGAACGACUGAUUUUCUAAGGAUUGGGCUAGUUUCCUGUAUUGGGUAUUUCGGAUAGCGCCUUGUAGCGUGUGGCCGACAAUUAUAACAGUACCGAUGUCAUAUAGACAUCCGUUGUACGCCAACCUUGCAGCAUCCCUCAAGAUGUACCC